AUGAUUCGAGCAACCACUCUACGUCGAGCAGGCCGGCUAUUCGCGUCCGGGAUCGCCCCAAGCGCUGCCUGCAUCGGCACCGUAUAUCUCUUGAGACCGAGGCCCAUUCAAUUAGAUGCCAUUGACGUGUCUCCACGGCAGCACCAAUCUCAACGAGCUGGGUUGUCAACAAAAACUGUUCAGCAGAUCUCCAGUGGCAGCAUGGCUGGCUUUGGCUGUGGCUUGAUUAUUGCUCUAUUCUCUCGCACCCUUGCAUUCUUGGGAAGUAUAUUAGCAGUCUCCGUAUACGUGACUUCUCGUUACGGGAUCGAUCUUCCCCAGAUCCUAGGAAUAAAGAAGCUUCUUCUCAAGUCUUCGGUGUGGCGAAAGUUGGGGGGUAGUCCAUGGUUCACCGCGUCGUUUGCUUUGACGUUCACACUUGCGGCAUUUGUUCAUCUGUAG